CCACUUCCUGUUGCGGUCCCGUCGCCAUGGUGAUACCGGUCCAAAUCAAAGACUGGGUCGGUUUGUGUCCUGUCCGGAUCAAAGCUCCGUUUGCCCAGAGGAAACAUCCAGAACUGUGCGGGGAUUCUGGAUGUGAAGUGGACCUGGGCCGGCAGAGGAGCAGAACCUGUUAACUGCCAGUGGUUGCCAUGGCAGCAGGAGCCAUUUCAGCUCCCUUUAUAAUUCCCAUCACCAACCUUGAGACUCACAAAACCAAGAACCACAUCGAUACCAGAACACUCGUCUCCAUCCAGUCAGGUACCAGCACACACCUGCUCAUAAUCAAGUUAGAUUCUGCAGGUGUGAGGAUCUUCUUCACAUUGGAUGGUUCAAAGCCAGUGGAAGGGCAGAGGAGGUCAGGUGGUAGAAGCAGGAUGUACACAGAUCCCAUCCUGCUUCCUGCUGGUAGAGUGGCUGUCAGAGCUGUGGCUGUCACCAGGGAUGGCAGACAGAGUUCAGUGGUUACAAAGAUCUUCUCUGUGGAUCAGGCGGAAUCAGACACCACAACAGAGGAUAAGGAGGAUGGUCUGCAAACCUACCAGCAGCACCAGUCUGAAGAAAGCUCCUGUUCUGCUGGUUCUGUUCAAAGAACUUCAGAGCCAAGGCAGAAUGGGUGCAGCCCUCCUUCAGGUCCACGCUUUCUAAACAGACGUCUAGGCUCCAAAGGCCCCAAGAUCACAGCCUCUGCUGUCUGGAAGGGUUCUGGCCAGCGUGUCCAGUCUGCGAAUUCACAUAAGCGGAAGCAGCUAGGCGGCAAACAGGUGCCUCGUGUGCAGAGAGACGGCAACUUCCUGUGGUGUCCUCAGUGUUCCAGCGUCCGUCCUUCAGACCCGUUUGCUCGGUUCUGUCCUCAUUGUGGCGCUGUGAUUCCCCCGUUACCUGUUCACAAGCCCCCCCCUGCUGAGACAGAACAGAUGCUGCUGUGUGCUUCCUGCCACUCUCUGGUUCCUUUCAAUACUGGAACUUGUGUCGUCUGUGAGGAGUCCAUAGAUGGACACUGGGCACCUCAGGAUCAUGUGGUGUGUGCCUCUUGUGGAAGCUGGAAUCCAGCUCAGGUUUCUAGCUGUGUAACCUGUGAGAGUCGCCUGGAGCGGGUUGGUCAGGGUAGAAGCAGCACCCCCACUGGUCAGACAGAAGAUGGCAAGAUGUUGUCCUGCUCCAGUUGUAAACGUUUGAACCGCGGUGAUGCCAAAUUCUGUGACCGGUGCGGCAGAAAGCCUGUUCCUGCCGUCAGCCGUGUGACGUGCUGGCAGUGUGGCGCGAGCGGACCCUGGUACGGUCUCUACUGCAUGGCCUGUGGCGUGUUCUUUGAGGGACAAGCCCUGACAAAGCCCUGCAAUGACAUCAUGCAACCUGUAGAGGGCACCACCCACAGUCAGGUUUCAGCCUUGCCCCCCCAUGAUGCUUCCUGGAAGGCCACACCUCCACCAAACUCUGCUCCCAGACUAAAAGUAAGUCUUCCCUCUGUGGAUAAGUCCACGCAGACCAUAGGACUCUAUUAUCCAUCAGCAACAGAGCUGCAGAAGAAGGAACAGCAGAGGACGUUAGCCGUCAUUCAACAGCUGGCGACCCGAGACCGCCAACCACCACUCACCGCCAUCAGCCCAGGACGAGGUUUCUGGAGGAAGCAGCUGGAUCACAUAUGUGCUCAUCUAAGAAGUUACACCCAGAAUAAUUCCUCCUUCAGGACUCUGCUGGCAGAACCACGUCUAGGCCAGAUGAUCUCAGCUGCCAUUCAGGAGGACCAGGAUGAAGUCACCCUGACCCUAAGCUUCAUGGUGGCCCCACCAAAGCAACAGCAGGUUGGACCUAAUGAACACGUUGGUGGAUCAGGAGGGGCAGGAUUAGUGGGUCAGGCCCAGACUCUCAGCAGCGUCACAGAGCAAUCUGCAGACAGAACCAAUUCCAGAAGUGCUGAGGCAUCAGGUUGGAGACAGCUAAACGCAAACCCAAAACCCGAACCAUCGGUGACUGACUGUCAGUUGCACAAGGAGCUGGGUCCAGACCGAGGCCAGAUCAGCAUUAUCCAGCAGCUUCUGGAUCAGGGGGCAGAUGUGUCCAGUUGUGGGAGCGACAGCCGACACGCCUUGGCGGUUGCCGUGGUAAAUGGUCACUGUGAUGUACUUCCUGUUUUGGUUCAGCGAGGAGCCGACGUGGACCAGCAGUCUGGACCGAUGAAGAACACUGCUCUGCAUGAAGCUGCAGCUCUGGGCUCUGAGGGGCUGCAGAGCGCCAAGCUCCUGCUCAGGUGUAAGGCGAGCGUCAGGCGGAGGAACGCUGCAGGUCAGACUGCGUACGAUGUGGCGGUGACGUCGGGCUGCAGCGACAUGGUGUCCUUGCUGGACGCUCAGACUGGUCCAGAUUUACCGGGUAACCCAGGAAGGUCCCAGUAAAACCCAGACGUCUUCUGAUUGGUUUGUCUGAAGUACCUGGCUGGACCGGCAGCUUUCAGUUCUUCAAAGCUGAUGUGACAGGUGGUCAUUUACCACAUCAAGCAAAACUACCUGAUGUGCUAUUACUCAUUGUUAUUUAAUGUUUAAUAAAUAACUCUACAGUCUGAUAGGUGUUGUUCACUGAAUAUCAGCCCUAACAGCUGAAAUCAGGACAAUAGUUGAAAGUAAUGAUCUUUUAACAUUCAUGCCAUCUUUUAACAGCAAACUCUGCAGACGUAUAGAAAAAAUUAGUGACAACUUUUCUUCAAGUUCAAGGAUUUAUCAACAGGGCGUGCUUUGGUGGCGCAUUGGUUAGCGCGCACCACCCAUGUAUGGAGGCCUUAGUCCUCGACGUGGCCGACCCAGCUUCCAGUCCAACCUGUGGUCCUUUGCCACAUGUCUCUCCGCUCUCUUGUAACCCCUUUCCUGUCAGCCCACUAUACAAAAA